UCAGACCCGGUCAUAUCAUAUCAAGGAUGAAAAGCGUCGACCCUUUUCAUCACCCAGACGUGGCUUGCCUUGAGUGACGAGUCAGAAGUGAGUUGUGGCUGCACCCUUGCUUUGCUCAUUCCAGGAGAAGCAACGUUGGUACGCGGACUUGAUUUGCCCUUUGGCCGACUUCAGCCUUCUUGUCUUGAGGUCCUUGUCAUACGGUACACUGCCACUGGGAGAAGAGAAACUGUCGACACGCACUGAGGAGGGUGAAGCUAGCCGUUUUGUGGAUCACUCCAGUCCAGGGAGCGUUGAGCUUAAUUCAUUAGUGUCCCGUCACCAGCAGCAGCAUCAGCAGCAUCACCAGUAUGUCAGACAGACCAGUAGAGUCAGUAGCAAUGAGUAGCACCAGCGUAGAAGAAACUAGACGAUCUCAGGCGCAACCUGCCCCAGUGAGAACGCCAGCCAUCACAACAGAACCGGAAGCUCAACCUAGCACAGCUUCCAGUGCCGACGCGGAAGUUGAGGCAAGCACAUCGUCGCCAAGCACAGCUCCCAGACUGCAGCCAGAAGCCCCGCCAAGCGCACCCUUGGGCCGCCCGAGGCCCAAACAAACAGGCGGUCGCUCGUCGAGAGCUGCAGCCUCAUCAAACAACCCCACAAAUCGCAGGCUGCGCACAGAGUUGGCGGACAUGCUGACGGAUCCACCGCCAAAUUGCAGUGCAUCCUUGUUUGGUGAGAGGGUGGAUCAUUGGCUGGCCACGAUCAUGGGACCGCCUGGGUCUGUGUAUGAAGGCGGCGUCUUCUUCUUGAACAUCCUGUUCCCGAGCAACUAUCCAUUCGAGCCACCCAAGGUGACAUUCAAGACGCGGAUAUACCACUGCAACAUUAACAGCCAGGGUGAGAUUUGCUUGGAUAUCCUGAAGGACAACUGGAGUCCGGCCAUGACUGUCAGCAAAGUCUUGCUGUCCAUCACGUCUCUGCUUGCUGACUGCAAUCCGAGUGACCCGCUCGUUGCCAACAUUGCUCGCCAGUUCACCGGUGAUCGAAGCGGGCACGAUCGCAUGGCACGCGACUGGACUCGUCGUUUUGCAAGAUAGCCGUAUCCGCUGACCUAAAAGUCAGUACAUGUAGUACCAGUAAUACUGUGUUCUUGAACUUGAGUGUGCUCCAUAUUCCACUUUUACCUUCUUCUUUUUUAUCCGUUUAAACUGUUUUGUGAACCCAGCAUGGUCCCGGGCUUCAUUGAUCCAUGUGCGAGUCGUGUACCAGAUUGGGUUGUGCUCUAUUAUCUAAUAUAUUCAAAUCAAACUGCUGAUCCCCGUCGCCGCUACAGUGAUACGCUGCUCUCAUCCAUCCAUCCGCCUCGUACCUCCACUGCUUGAUAGUUCUGUUUAAAACUCCGACUUAUGCUGCUGCUCUUCGGUCUCCUCCUGUGCUGCAUGUAUGAUCGUGACAGCAGGGCCGAAGUUACUGCCUCUAAUGCUUUUAAAAACAUCACAUGUUUCUCCCAGCCCAGGUGUACCUUUGAAGUACAUACGGUAAUAGUACUGUCUGGGACUGAUUCUCGCUAUUGUAAUAAUACUAACGAUAUGUGUGCCAUGGUUUCAAUUCUGCAUUCUUUUUUAUCGCUUCAUCUGUUCUGAUUUACGUCCCUUGAUACUAUGCCUGGCUCUGCCAGCAGUGGUCAGCAAACCCCCGCUGUGAAUCAUCAUGCUGUUCCGAGGAGACGUUACUAAAUAUUCUGA